AUGGUGGUGCUCGAACAAAAAGAAAUCCCAGAGAGCCGCAUGUAUCUUCCAAGCAACUACAACUUUGAGAUGGCGAAGGUGGUGAAAACUAUUGGAAGACUAAAUGCAAAGAAGGUGACAUUGCAAUUCCCAGAUGGGCUUUUGAAAUACUCCUUUGUGAUAAUAGAUAUUAUAGAGAAAUACACUGAUGCAGAGUGUGUGAUUCUGAACGAUGUUGUUUAUGGAGGGUGUUGUGUAGACGAUGAGAGCAUUGAUUCCGAUCUUCUUGUACAUUAUGGGCACUCAUGUCUUGUACCGGUGGGAGAGAUGAAUACAAAGGUUCUUUAUGUUUUUGUGGAUAUCAGAAUAGACAUAGACCAUGCAGCUGAAAUGAUAAGGAGGAACUUCGAAGGGAAGAUAGCUGUGAUAGGGACCAUCCAGUACAACUCAAGCAUAAACAAGCUGAGAAGAGUUCUAAGUGAAGAGAAGGAUGGGGUUGAAUGUAUUCUUCCGCAGGUGAGACCUUUGAGCAGUGGGGAGGUAUUAGGAUGCACCUCCCCACGAAUUGAGGGAGUCUCUGCAGUUGUUUCCAUAGGAGACGGUAGAUUCCACUUGGAAGGGGCAAUGAUAAGAAAUCCGCAUCUAAAAUUCUACAAGUACUGCCCGUUCAACAGGAGGAUGACACAGGAAUCUUAUGAUUACCAUACAAUGAUAAGUGCCAGGAGGUCAGCAAUUGGAAGGGCAUUAAAUGGGAGAUCGUUUGGAGUGAUAUUGGGGUCUCUUGGAAGGCAGGGGAAUAGGAGCAUCCUAAGAAGUGUAGUGGAUAAGCUGAAGAAGUAUGAUAUUUACCUUUUGAUGCUUGAUGAAAUAAGCCCAAAAAAGCUUGAGAGAUAUGAUUUCAUAGAUAGUUUUGUCCAGAUAUCAUGCCCUAGACUUAGCAUAGACUGGGGGACAUUAUUCAAAAAGCCUCUAUUGUCGCCUUUCGAAGUAUUCUACCAAGGAGGAGAGUACCUGAUGGAUUACUACUCAAAGGAAGGAAAAGGCGAGUGGAAGAAUUACAGAUAG